AAACAUAACAACCGGUUGUGUGCUGUAAUGAAGUUUCAAUUACAGCUUACAUAAACCCCCGUUAACAUUCCUAGUACAGACAUCUACUUACAUUAUUUUCAUAUAUUCUCCCCCCCCCCCCCUCCCUCUCUCUCUCUCUCUCUCUCUCUCUCUCUCUCAAGAUGAACGAUCUUCUUACAGAUUCUUUUGUUAGCAAUGGCAGAGAUAAUCCUUCCAGAGAAACCACCGAUAUCGAGAUGGGCACUCGUCUUCCAGCGAGUAACUCUGAUAUGGGAAUGGAAGCAUUCAACACACAGGUACAUGAAGUGGAUAAGCUUGUGGAUAAGGUUGCUGGUUUACUUCAGAAACUCAAGGAUGCAAAUGAGGAGUCAAAGUCUGUCACUAAAGCAUCUUCCAUGAAAGCAAUCAGGAAGCGAAUGGAAAAAGAUGUUGAUGAAGUAGGAAAAAUUGCAAGGAAUGUAAAAGCAAAAAUCGAAGCAUUAAAUAAAGAGAACUUAGCCAAUCGGAAAAAUCCGGGUUGCGGAAAGGGUACAGGGGUUGAUCGUUCAAGGACAAACAUGACAAAUGCUUUGACGAAGAAAUUUAGAGAUCUAAUGACAGAGUUUCAGACUUUGAGACAAAGGAUUGAUGAUGAAUACCGCGAGGUUGUGGAGAGAAGAGUAGUAACAGUUACCGGAACCAGGCCAGAUGAAGAGACAAUUAGUCACCUUAUAGAAACUGGUAAUAGUGAACAAAUUUUUCAGAAUGCUAUGCAAGAAAUGGGACGAGGACAGGUGCUAAAUACAGUACAAGAAAUCCAGGAGAGACACGACGCUGUAAGGGAAAUUGAGAAAAAGCUUCUUGAUCUGCAUCAGAUUUACCUUGAUAUGGCGGUCUUGGUUCAGGCUCAGGGAGAUCUUUUAGAUAACAUUGAAACCCAGGUCUCAAAUGCCGUCGACCAUGUCCAGUCAGGGACAACUGCACUUAAGAAAGCAAAGUCACUGCAGAAGAACUCUCGAAAAUGGAUGUGCAUUGCCAUUAUUAUUCUUUUAAUAAUAAUCACUAUUAUAGUUGUUGGGGUUCUCAAACCUUGGAAGAAAAAUGGUGCUUGAGUCUUCAGUCCCCCCUUAAGUCCCUGUACCCUUGUACUGUCCACAUAGUGAUGGAAAUUUUAAAAUGGUUUGAUAUCUGAAAGCAUGGCCUUGAGUUUUCCCUUCGACUGCAUAUUCGACUGACCUUUUUUCAAUUAACCCCCGCCCCCCCCCCCCGCGUAAAUUGUGAUUGCUUUGUUGGUUUUGUGACUGAAUGUUUAAACAGAAAAAAAAAAUGCAUUAUUGUUGAUAUAAAUGAGCUUUGUAAAAAAGCAUAUUUUCAGCUACUGGAUAUUUCAGUAGUAUAUUGUGGUAUAUAGCUUUCCAUUUACUUUGUU